GGGUCACAGGUCCUACCGCGCUUCACCAACGUCGGUCCUUCAUUUCACACAGUUGCAGGAAGAGUCCUUUGCAAAAAUUCAUCAGAAAGGCUGCCAGAAAUGGAAGCGAAGCUUCGUGUAAUAAUUGAUGACCGGAUUGAGAAGCUGGUUCUACCAUCAGGGAUCCCCCAAACAGUGCAGGAGCUGCAAAGUGUUGUGAAGGAUACCUUUGGUAUUGCAGAUGACUUCAGUCUUCAGUAUAUGGACUCAGAAUUUGAAGACUACUUUACUCUUAAUAGAAGUGACCAAAUCAAACACAAAGACACCAUAAAGGUUGUUCCCGCUGCUCCAGUUGUUCUUGACUUGGUUCCACUUGAAAGUUUUGGCAGCCCCUCUGUACAGCACUCAACUGACUGUGACUCUGCAUCAUAUGCAGAGUCGAUUGCUUCAAAUGCAGAGUCUAGUGGAACAUCAUCUUCACAGGACACCAUUAUUCUGAGUCCGCCGAGCACCACUGGACGAUGUCAACCCUGGCCAAAGCUGUUCCCUAUUCCAGUGUUUGCUUAUGAAACUGAGAUGUACCUUGAAAGAGCCACUGAGAACUUCAAGAAGAAUGGAACAUUUAUGACUACCUCAAAGGUCAAGGCAGACAUACUGGAGAAGUUGGCAGAAACUAUUUUUACAUACACAGCUUAUCCAUCAGGUGGACAGAUAAGUGAUGUUGCUGAGGCACUUGUCAAAAAAUAUCCAUGUCUCAAAGAAUCUGGUUCUUUUUCUGGUUACUAUGGCUGGCAACAAAGCUUAAAGUACAAGAUGGCAAAUUAUCACACCAAACUGCGAGGCUUUGGUGUACCUGAGGUCCUGUGCAAUGCAGUUAAACACAAGAGCCCUGCUGACCAGAAAUCUGCCAAGAAUGUUAAGAAGCCCAGAAAGGCAGAGGUAAAUUAUCUCCCUCCAUACCCACCAGGAGAGGAUAAGGACAGUCAGGAAGAAGAGAGGAUUCAGUUGCUCACUGAAGUGAAGAAAAAAGACAAUGAGAAGUUGAUCAAAGAAAAAAUGGCUAAAACAUUUGCACACAGACGUCAUGAAAUCGUCAGCCUGUCACCCAGCAUUGAGGACAUCAAAGCUAGAUGGCCUGCUCUGUUUCAGGCCUCUCAUGUAAUAAUUUUGCAUUAA